AUGGGAGGUUGCCUAAGCCGAUCGCAUGCCGAUGACUCCUUUCCAACAAAAGCCAGAGGCCAGCACAGCAACUACAGUGCACCAGAAAAACCAUCUGUAAGACUAGAUCAGCCAGGCGCAGAAGGCAAGGAGGUUUCGCACACCCCAGCGCAGCGAUCAAAGUCACGAGAAGGAUCGGAACACGGCGCGAUUCGAGCAGCGCGAUCGCGAGACAACUCGGAGCACGGGUCUUCAAAAGUGAAGCCGGAGCUGCCAGUAGAUGGCGUGCAUUUGCCGGGCAAGAAAGAAAAUUCCGAGUUCCUGCCCGGAUCGCGACCCGGCAGCAACGACUGGGACCGCAACAACCAGCCGUUGGAUCUUUCCGAGAUCACCGGCAGAAGCACGGCCGACGAUGAUGACGUUUCACCCAAGAAUGGCCUCAAGCAGAUGCUUCAAGAAGUGCGAUCCAGCGACCAUGCGCGCGUCGCAGCGGUCGCAGGCGACGGGAGCAUGGGAAUGGGGUUCGGGCAGCGAGGUGGUAACCCGAUGUUCGCGCAGAUGAACAGCAGCACGCACGGCGUGGGAGCCGGGGGAAUGGCGGGGGCGACGUCGAUGCACGGCGGAGUGGCGGCCAUGGGGAGCUCGUCCAUGCACGCGGGGUUCAUGGCGUCCGGCUCCAUGCACGGUGGCGGCACGGGACGCGCGUCCGCUGUCGCCAUGCGUGCCAUGCAGGCGGCGAAGCUGCGAGCGUCCAAGACGGCGCUGGAGCGACACAACGUGCAGAUCGUGGGCACCGGCUCUGAACUCCUCGUGCUCUCACACGGUUUCGGGCAAAAUAAAAAUAUAUGGAGCAGCAUAGUGGGGCAGCUGGACACGAGUGUGUACCGCAUUGUGCUCUACGACCUCACCGGCGCGCUCGGGGGCAUAGUGGGGCAGCUGGACACGAGUGUGUACCGCAUCGUGCUCUACGACCUCACCGGCGCACUUGGCACGGACUACGAUGCCUUUGACUACCAGCGCUACAGCACGCUGCAUGGCUCAUGUCCAUGCUCUCCUUCCCCCCUCCCCAUUUCUACCCCCUCCCCCAGCACGGACUACGAUGCCUUUGACUAUCAGCGCUACAGCACGCUGCACGGCUUUGCAGAGGACCUGCUGCAGCUGCUGGCAGAGCUGGGCGUCGAGGACCUGCUGCAGCUGCUGGGGGAGCUGGGCGUCGAGGUAUGCUGCAGCGAGGGAAGGGGAGAAGCAGUAGAUGCAUGCUUCUUGAGGUCGGUAGGAGGACUAGUGGUUGAGACCCGUGGCUUGGCAAAGAAUCCCUUGUUUGCUGGGAGAGGUGGGCUAGGGGGUGCGGUGCCAGUGUGGGCAAGGGCACAGGGGCGAGACACAGAUCAGCUGUUUCUGUCUGCAUUCGCCAGCACCAUGGUCAUAUUCCCCCACUCCCCAACUUACCAUCUCCUCUCCCCUCCUCCCCCCUUCCCCAUAUCCCCACACCUCUCUCUUCCUCCCCCUCUCCCCCCACACUCCCACCGCCCACCUGGGAUUCACCAGGGCACGGACUGGGGGCAUCAGUGCACGUUCAUAGGGCACCAGCAGAGCGGCAUGAUGGGGCUGCUCGCCUCCCUCGAACGCCCGAGAGUGUUCAAGCGCAUCAUUAUCAUGGGCUCCUCGCCCAGGUUGUUGGAUGCUCCGGGCUACGAGGGGGGCUUUGCUCUGAACGACCUGGACCAGGUGUUUGGCAUCAUGCAAGGCAACUUCAAGAUGUGGAGCAGAGGGUGUGCGCCCGUGCUCACAGCAGAAGAUGUGAAGGCGCCUCACGUGCGCGACUUCACCCGCCCGCUCUUCCUGCUGCGCCCUGACAUCGGCUUCAGCAACCUCAAGACCGCCUUUGCAUGCGACGUGCGAGACAUCCUCCCACGGGUGUCAGUGCAGAUCCAUCUUCUCUUUUUCGACCAGGACUCAACCGUGCCCCAGUCAGUGAUACAGUACAUGCUCACCACCAUCCCCAACGCCUUUGCCGAAAUCCUCUCUACAACCGGCUUCGCUGACUCGCCUACAACCGUUGCUGCGGGCAUCCAACGGCAUCUCAGCAUGCCGAUCCGAGAAACGUUUGGGCUGUCGAGUCGGCGGAUCUUCAAUGCGCGGUACCUACCACCGCCUAUGCCUGAAAUGGAGGAGGAUGCUCAAGAGAUGGAGGUGGAAAUAAUAUAG